AUAACAGAGAGAAUCGCGCCCAUAGUAACAGCGACAAUAUGGCGCUGUGAAUUGUUUUAGUACGUUUGAGUGCUGUAUUUCUUUCCCUGUGAACCUCGUAGUACACAGUACAGCCAUCAUGCCAUUGGGACCCUUUGGCGAGGUGGUGGGCACAACAGGGACCCUUGAGGCUCUGGGUCCUGAUGCCCAAAACUACAAGACUAAGGUCAUUGCCCCUCGCAACCCAAAGCUGGUGAAGCAAAAUGAACCGGACCAUCAUAAGAUGACACCCAGCAAGUUUCUCUUUGACAUGUCAUUGAGCACUGAGCAAAAGCUUGCCAACACACACAUCAUGAAGGUUCCCCGCAAGACAGAACUACUGGACAUGGGAGACACAUCUCUACAGAAGUUUUCAAAGGUCAACAUUGAUGAGCCCAUGUUCCAACCCUUUCCAUCAGAAAUAUACUUUCAGAACUUCAACCCAUUUGAAGUAUAUGAAGUACCACUGACUUUGAGAAAUAAUGACAAGGUUCCUCGCCUUGUGAAAGUGACUCAGGAAGAUUCUCCAUACUUCAAAGUAAUCAGCCCAAAUGAUGUUGGCCACAAGGUUGGACCAGGAUUGCCCACCACAUUCAGAGUGCAGUUCAUGCCUGAUGAGAAGAAGGAUUAUCAGCAUGAACUGAUCUGUAUCACUGAAAGGGAAAAAUUUGUGGUGCCAGUAAGGGCAAUUGGAGCUCGUGGUAUCCUCGAUUUUCCGGAUGAAAUACGCUUUCCAACAUGUCCAGUGAAGUACCCAAACACAAAGACUCUGCUGGUCAGAAACAUCGGCAGUCGGGAGGCAAAGUUCAGCCUCAAAGCUGAUGAGUCAUUUUCAGUGACCCCAGAUAUUGGCACACUCGGGGUGAAUGACAGUAUUCAAGUGACCGUGGAGUUCAAACCACUGAGAGCAGGGGAUCACAAUGGAGAACUGCUUCUCACUUAUGACACUGGGGAGGAGGUUUCAAUUGCUUUAUAUGGAGCCUCUCAAGAUGCCAAUGUCAGACUGGACAAAAACUCAAUUCGUAUUGAGAACACCUAUAUAUCCAUGGCCAACCAGAGAACUGUGGUCAUCACCAAUCGCAGUGACUUCAUUGCACACUUCAGAUGGACCCGAUUUGCCACACAAGAUGAUGAAGAUCAACAGAGAUUGCUUCAGGUGAUUGAACUGGACAGGGAAGAAAAUUCAGACACAGACAGGUUUAUCGAUGAGUGUGUGGCAGACCCGACCUUGCGAGACAAAUUGUCAAUCCUGUCAAGGACAUUCCAGAACAGAAAAAGGGCUGUGGAGAAUGACCCUUUGCUGUUUGAUGAUGAUGUCAUGUCAAUUGAGCCAGUUGAAGGUGAUAUCUGGCCCAACUCCUCUUUUGAGAUAAAUGUAGUCUUCAAGCCAAGGGAAGCAACUUCAUACACCCGGACGGCUUACUGUGACAUCACUGGCAGGGAGAGUCGUCUGCCCCUGAGAAUCCGUGGCGACGGAGAAGGGCCAAAAGUAGACUUCUCUUUCAACCACUUGGACUUGGGAAACAUUUUCAUCGGGUCCAAACACACCUAUGAAAUUGUCAUUGCCAACAAAGGAGAUAUUGAUGCCAUUUACAGUGUUGUGCCCAACACGAGCAUCUUUGGGCCGUGCUUCGCCUUCAACCCUGCAGAGGGCAUCGUCAUGCCUGGCGGGCAUCAGGCCAUUCAAGUGGCCUUCAACAGCCCCUAUCUGGGAGACUUUGAAGAAGUGUUCUGCUUCCAGGUUGAUGGACAACCACAACAGUGCAAAAUCCAGUUCACGGGACGUGUUGUUGGGCCAACUUUCAAUUUUGAUGUGGCUAAACUGAAGUUUGGGACUGUCCCCUUUGGAUUUCUGAGUUCUCAGGUGUGCCACCUGGUGAACACCUCCCUGGUGCCCAUGGUGUUCCACCUGCGUGUGCCUGGAGACGGCAUGAACAAAAGCGUGUGCUGCACCCACGAUAUCGAGAAGACACCCAUGGAGCAAGGGCCUGUGCCAAUGCAUGACCCAAGAGAGUUUGAAAUCAUUCCAUCAGAAGGGGUUAUCCCACCUCAGAGUGAGAUCAAGGUCACCGUGAACCUGGUUCCCAACACAGUGAAGAAGUACGAGGCUGCACUUGUCGUGGAUGUGGAGAGAGUGGGAGAGGAGAUCAUGACUCUGCCCAUCUCAGCCAAAUCAAUGGUCCCAGUGAUCAGCAACCUGACCCCUGUCCUCAACUAUGGCCGCUGCUUCCUGCGUCACCCAUACGAGCACCGCAUACGUCUCCAUAACGACACUGAGCUGGCCGCCAAGUAUGAGAUUGUUCCACAAGAGGUGAUCACCAAGGAUAACGCACCCAUCUCCUACCAGAGUCCCCAGCCAAAGGGUAUUAUUGCGCCCCAUUCUGUGGCUGAUGUCCCCUUGUUGAUCAAGGCCAAUGCUCUGGAGGAGCAGGAGGUCCCGUGUCUGGUGCAAAUCUUUGGUAGCCAAGACCUGCCCAUUGCUGUGCAUGUGAUCUGUGUGGGUGAGGGCCCUGUGGUGCAUGUCAGCCCUCUCGACAUAGACUGGGGAGAUGUGGCCGUGCUCCGCGACAAUGAGAAAACUGUCGUCCUCUCCAAUGAGUCCUUCAUUCCUGCCAAAUUCACAGCUCACAUGCUGAGACCUAACGCAGUGUUCAGAGUUAGUCCUUCAGAAGGUGAAAUCCCUCCUGAGAAUUCCAUGAAGCUGACUGUGACAGCAAAUUUGGACGACUGUGUCAGAUUUCAGGAUAAGCUGCAGAUCAACUUCCUGGAGAGUCAAGCGAGGCUGAUUCCUCUCCAGGCGUACGGGAAAGGAACAACCAUCGUGUCUGAUCCCCCGCUUGGACCUGUCCUGGAUCUGGGACCAAACUUCAGCAACCGCCAGUUGACAAAGACGUUCAAACUGACCAACAGGGGCCGCCGCCUACAGCAGUUGGUGUGGCUGACAGACGGCUACAUCCCUCUGUCCAAAGCAAAGAAAGAGAAGCUGAGAGCCAGCGUACCCCCAAACAAGAACACACCUGCGCUGGACAAGCCCUCACCAAUCUUCCAGUUGACUCCGAACCGCAUGGAGCUCCGUCCAGGAGAGUCCGUGGACUUCAAUAUCGAGGGAUUUGUGAAUGGUCCUCAGAGUGUGGAGGAGACCAUUGUGUGUCACGCUAUCAUCGGCCGGGCAGGUGGAAAGAUCCCCAUUAUCAGUGUGGAUAUCAAGGCAGACUUCAUCGAGCCUUUGCUUAACUUCUCCACCAAGUGUGCCUUCUUCAGGGUAGACAAGGAGCCUGACGAUGAGCUCAAAGUGGAGCAGAAGCAGCUGGUGAUGAACAAUGUGAGCAGCUUGACACUGACUGUGGGCCUACAGCUGGCCAGUCCCUUCAGCAUGAUCAUUGGAGACGAGAAAGUCUCAGAGACGGAGGUCUGCCUUCAGCCAGAAGAGGUCUACUAUCUUGUGAUUGAGUUUGACCCUAUGUUCAAAGAUGACUGCCACAUACGCACGGUUGAUGAGGUCCUUUACAUCACCUACAAGGAACACCCACACAUUGACUAUGUGGCCUUGCGUGGAGAAGUCUACUUCCCCAACCUGGAGUUUGAGAAGUCAGUGGUCGACUUUGGCUGCAUUCUCAAUGACACUGAGGUCACUCGGUACAUCAACAUUACAAACAACAGCCCCAUGGAGGUGCGUUACCACUGGUCUUUCCUUGUGGGAGAUGUUCCCUCAUCUGUGAGGAAAAUGCCAAGACCAAAGAAAGCUUUUGUGAAAGAGAUGAUCGAGGAGGAAUGCGUGAUAACCGAAGUGCUUGAGGAGGAGGAAGCAACUGCGGAGGAUGAAAAUGCAAAGGAGGCUGAAGUGGGCAAUGCUUAUGGUGACGGGACUGACAAUGAGGAGGAGAGAGAGAAAGUCCAGGAGGAGACUAUGGAAGUGUCAGUGGAACGGGCUAUGGAGGUUGUUGAUGGGAAUGAGAACCUUGAAGAGAAGAGGACAGAUGACGUUGGUGAUGAUAACAGGAAGGAUGAUGGAGGCUCCCGCCCCGAGAGUCCUUUGGAUGUUGAUGCUCCAGAAAAGGGUCAGCUUGAUCAAGAAGAGAAAUCAGAUGGUGAGAACGAAAAAGAACAGCAGGAGAGGAUGUCUCUUGGAAGCCGUUUGUCUUUGAGAGAAGACGAGGAGGAAGCUCUGCGCUCCAACAGGGUGCUCAUGGCUCUCCUCGAGGAAGACGAGGAAAUUGCACCAGCUAUUGGUGUGGAGGAGGUGUUUGACAUCCUUCCUCUCUAUGGCUGUCUUCAACCUGGUGACACAGAACAGGUGACCUUCACCUUUUAUGGACAUGCUGACAUUUGGGGAGAGGUCAAGGCCAUUUGUGAAGUUGAAGGUGGGCCUACUUAUGAGUUGAAGAUGACAGGUGAAGCUUCUCUGGUGGAGUACGAGUUCAACACCAAAGAGAUUGACUAUGGCAAGCAGAUGUACGAUCAUGUGGCUUCCUCCACCAUCACCCUCAUCAACACGGGCAAAGUAGGCUUUGAGUUCAGUGGCAUUGGCAUGGACCCAGCUCUACAGAAGAGACCUCUUCCUGGCCAACCUGUUAUGGUGCCUCAUUCUGGCUACAUAGAGCCCUUUGCAGAGCAAAAAAUAGAGGUGAAAUUUCUGCCUGGAGUUCCAGAGAACUUCCACAAGAGUUUCCAGAUCCAGGUGGCGCACUUUGAACCAGACUCCAUCAGCCUCUAUGGUGAAGGUGUGUUCCCCCGAGUGUCUUUGGACCUUCCGCGACUGGAGGAUGAGGAGGGCGUCUAUGCUGGUCUGGUCAAGGAAGCAAAGGAGAACCUGGCCCGCAGCUUCAAGAAGCAGCAGCAACUGGCCGCACUCAAAGCAGACGAGGGAGAAAUUGAGGAAGAGUUGAUGAAGCUGGUGUCAGUUGAAGACGGAGAUGGAGACGGGGAUGGGACACGAGAGGCUGGCUCCAACGCUCAGGCUUAUAAUUCAAGAAAAAAUUCAAAGGCCAGUGCUGGAACUGUCCUAAUGAAUUCUGGAAGUGGGCCUAGUCGCCAAAGCCUCAAAAGCCUGACAUUCACCCCUCAAGAGCCUAGUUCUAGUGGAAUUCCAAUCCCUCUGCUGGAAGGAGCAGAAGGAGAAGCUGGAGAUCCUGGAGAUGCUAGUCAGGCUGUGGCUCGAGAAAAUGCUGUACAGGAAGAAGGGGAGCCUUAUGCUGAGGGUCAAGGAGGUGGAGAUACCGGAACUGUCCAGACUCCAAAAGUAAACCAUCUCCCAGAGCAUGAACGAGAACCCUCUGAGCUGGAGACACAGAUGGAAGUGGAGAGGCUGGCAGUGAGAGAUUUUGCUUUGGAACGCCAAAAUGACUCCUGCAGAUCCUUCAUUCGGGCAUCAGUGGAUGACAAAGGGGACAACCUGUUACAGCCAGUUCCAUCCAAUUUGACUGUGCUCACAGCUGAGUCUUUUGGUGCUUCAAAGCCGAAACCUCUACUGCCAGACUACCUUCUGGACUUUGGCUUUGUGGUGCUGGGCACGGUGCGCACCCAUGUGGUGAGAGCCACCAACACAGGAUGGUUCCCCGCCUCCUUCAAACUGGAGCGACAGAACAUACACGUAUCUGGGUUUCACGUCGAGCUGGAUCGUGUACGGAAUCUGCCUGGAGCCCCAGACAAUGAAACUCUGGACUUUGUGGUCAGUUUUGACCCUAGGGGAGCUAACCUGCACCUUGGAGCUGUGGAGGUGGUGGUCCCGAUCAAUAUUGUCAAUGGCCCAAUGUUGAUGAUGCGUUUGCGGGCUCACGUGACAAUGCCGGACAUGGAGGUCUCUGAUGAUGUCCUGGAGUUUGCAGAGGUCAAGUGUGGAGAGUGUAAGGUCAUCACUGUACAGCUGCACAACCACCAGAUGGUCAAGUGUGAAUGGGACUCGACCCCAACAGAUGACAACAAGAACAUCGACAAACACGUGCCCAUGCACUUACGCCGCAAGAUCAGGCAGGCGAAGAAGAAGCCUCGCAUCUUUGAGGUGCUGCCCCCUACAGGUGUGCUGAUGCCUGGUCAGAGGGUGAAUGUGCAGGUCAAGUUCAUGCCCACAGAAGAGAAAUUCUAUGAAAACCGGAUUCCCAUCCGCAUUGCUCAGAGCAGUCAGCGAAUUGUGCUGUUGUGCCAUGGACAAGGAUUGGAGCCCAGGCUGGAGUUUGAGCGGACGUUGGUUGCCUUUGGUCCCAUACUGCCCCACAGUCAGGGAGACGACCAAGAGGUGGUUGUCCGGAAUCCCUGCUCCUUCCCCAUCGAGUUCUACUCCUUGGAGUUUGACUCUGGCUAUCUGGAGGAAGAAAAGGUUCUCCGCCUCAUGCGAGGUUAUGAUGAGUACAACACUUUGCUGCUUCCUCCCAGGCCUGUCAACGAGAAACUACCAAAUGAACUGCUUGACUUUUAUGAUGAGCAACUGAAGAAACUUGAAGAGGAGGAAAAGGUUAAGCAAGAGGCCGAGGCAGCUGCAGAAGCUGAAAGGAGAGAGAGAGAAGAGAAGGAGAAAGAAGAAUGUCUCCUUGCUAUUUUCCCAUGUUCAGCUUUACUGAAUCAAUCAUCGCCGACCUCUCCUGACACUCCUCCUCCUCCCGCUCCUGCGCCUCCUGAAGAAGAGAAAGAAAAGAAGAAAAAAGAAAAAGGGAAGAAAAGUGUGGGGAAAGACACUAGUAAAGACAAAAGUGGCAAGGAAAAGGCGCAGAAAAAAACUGAUGAGAUGGAAGCCUUUGAGGCUGAAAAUGUUAAGCCUGAUAAAGAGAAGGAAGCUGAACUACUUGCUGGGGAUGACGCCACAGAAGACACGAAAGGUGGGGAGACAACUCCGGCCCCAGCAAUCCUGACCACCGCUCCAUCCCGCACCGCAACACCAAACGACCCUGCUGCUGCUACUGCUGCUGCUACUGCUCCGGUCGUGGGAGAGCUGAGUGCUGAGCACACCAUAGAUGAAAUAGCCAAGAAGGAGGAUUUGCUUGAGGAAAAAAUGAAAGAGUCCAUAGCCAGUGGUCCCGGUGUUGGCGAACUGGAAAUCACACCAGUGUCUGCAGCUAUUGCACGUCACCUGGGCAUUGACCUGACUCCUGAAGGCAAAGCAGCCAGGAACAGGCGGGGAAUGGCAGUUAUUGUACACGGAGCUCCCUUGUCUGGCAAAACAAGCACAGCUGUUUCCUUGGCUAAACACUAUGAGGCAGCUCUCCUGACAGUGGACGGCAUUGUGUGUGAUGCUAUUGCCAACGGCAACACCCCAGCUGGUUUGAGGGCACGAGAACUGUGCUCUGAGGCUGCCAAAAGGAAAGCAGAGGAGCUGAAAGAGAUGGAGGGUUUUGAGGGGGACAAGAAACAAGGAGGCCUCAGUGUAGAAGCUGUUACUGCCCAUACACAGGGAGCAGCUGGAGCAGCUGGCUCCUCCCUGGCCUCCAACAAAAAGACAAGCACAAUUGUGGAUCAGAAAGGCAAAGACAAACCAGCUGGGGGCAAGAACACUGUGGUCAACUCUUCCCUUGAGGGAGCUACUGGCAGUCAGGUCCCAAGUAGUCCACCUCCUCUGACAGCCCCCAUUGCUCGUCGCCUGAGCAUCAGUGCCAGUGUGGCUGGAGAGGAGGGCUUUUUGUCCUGUGUGCUGCCAGAGGACCUUUUGGUGGAGAUUUUGGCUGAACGCCUACAGCUGAACGAUUGUCACCGUGGAGUUGUCUUUGAUGGACUGGAGACUCUCUUCUCCCAGACCCUUUUCACCACAGCCAAUGCCAUUCUCAAAGCUCUCAACAACCGAAGAUUCAUUUAUUUCUGCACUCUCAAGUUGGACUUCAACAUUCUGAAGGAGCAGGAAAAGAAGGCUCAAGAAGAGAGAGAACUGGAUGAAAAGAAACGUGAAGAGGAGGAGAUCCAGUGGCUAGAAGAUAUGGAUGAGGAUGAAUAUGAUGCCCUGCCUGAGGAUGUCAAGACAAAGGUGGACCAGAAAAGACUUGUUAUCAAGAAGGAGAGGAUCAAAAGAGAGCAAGAAGAAAAGGCAGAGAGGGAGAGAAUUGAAAGGGAACUGAGAGAGGAAGAAGAAAGGCGUAAAGAGGAGGAAGCCAAAAGUCGAAAACCCAGAAAAGGAAAAACUCCUGCUGUCCCAGAUCCCAAGGAGAAGGACAAGAAGACGCAGACAGCUGUGAAGACAGGUCAGGGGUCGGACCGCACGCAGAAGUCACAGGGUGGCGCCAGGGGUCACGAGGGAGAGAAAGGCCCAGGCUCUGACCGGCCCGAGUCACAUGCCACAGAGAAAUCUGAUGGGCAAACGGAGGACAGCAAAAAAAAGAAAGAGAAAGGCAAGAAAGACUCCAAGAAGGAUGCUUGUGAUUCAUUGCCCCUUGAAGAAGCUAGAGACCCCGCCAAAGAGGCAGAAAUGCUGCUCAUGCAAAGAUUCCGCACCUUUGAAGCUGGACAAAAGGACAUUCAGGACCUGCUAGAAUUCUGGGACAGGUCGACACUCCAGCCACGCCGACCGUCCACUCCUUCUGAGAGAUCUGACGAGGACCAGAAGGACCACCCGGCCUCAGGGAAGAAGGGGAAAGGAAAAGAGAAACAAGACAAAGAGAAAUUGAAAGAGCAAGAAAGACUCAGGAUGGAAAAAGAACUGGCAGAGAAAGCAGCAAAAGAGGCUGCUCUAGCAGAGGGUGAGGAUGGUGACACUGUGGACGCAGAGGAGGAGAAGAAAGAAGAGGUCGGAGUCCCCAACAUUCUCAUUGACUGCUCCGACAAAACCUUCACACCUCACCAGAAGAUCAUGGAGGCAGAGACCCUCCCCACAGUCGAAGAGGAGGUUAAUAUGAGUAAAAACUCCCUCCAAGAAAGCUGGCCGAAAAAGUCUCGAAAGAAGUUCAGCGAAGAUAUCAAACCAAAGUUAAAUUUCAACUUCAAUAAAGACAGCAAAGAUGAUGUUGACUCGAAGGUCAAGUCUGUUUCAGACAGCAUUAAGCUCAACAAGCAGUCAAAAAUAGAUCCAGUAAAAGAGUCUGUCCAAAAUCCUCCUCCAAAAGUGAAAGUGUUAGCCCAAGACACCCAGAAAAAUAAAAGUUCUGCUCAGACUCUUCAAAAAGAAAAGAUGUCAGUACUGGAUCCUGAUCAGGAGGAAGAAAAGAGAAUUCUCCAGGAAAUGGAGGAUAUUUAUGCUGCUGGUCAGAAUGAGGAAGAGGCGGGUGACCAAGGCAAUCCGUACGCCAAUAUGACCUUUGCCGAGAUGAUGCUUGUGGCAGGGAAGUUGCCUUCCAAGGAAGAUGUUCUUGAUGGUCUUGGCCUAGGGCCCCAGGGUCCGCCUCUUCCUCCUCCCGCCUCUUUUGGAGUGAUCCCAUUCCCCAUCAAACGCAGACCCCCACAAAUGUCUGAGAUGGGAGGCAGAUAUGUUUUUGUGGCAUCAUCACCAGAUGACCCCAACAUUGGUCAAGAUGACAAGGCUAAAGAAGCUGAUGCUGAAGAUGAGAGCGCCACAACUCCAGACAAGGGCAAAGACGACCAGCCCACACCCACCAAAGGGAAAGGAGCAAAAGCGGCAGCUGAGAAAGGGCGCACCAGCACCGAAAGCAAAACUGACCGCAAACGCAGCGCAGAGAGGAAGAAGCAACCUAGGCGUAACUCAGCUCAGAUCACAUCUCCACCUCCAGGACAUGCUACUCCAGUUUCUGAUGGAGACAAUUUGAGCCGUCCUACAACUGGUGCAGCAUCACGGAGCAGCAGUCGACUGGGAGUCCAGUCAGCCAUCUUGGAGGAAAGAGCCCCUGCGAAACCACUGACCAUUUUCCGGUGGACCGUGGCUGCUGGUGGAGAAGUCACGCUCAAGUUGCGGUUCACAUCAGAUGACCUGGGACAGUUUGACCAGACCCUCAACUUUGAGAUUGUUGGCACCAGGCGUAGAUACCAGAUGUUCUGUCGGGGUGUUUGUGCUUUCCCAACUAUCAGCAAAGAGCCGAGGAUUGUGUUCCCAAGCAGAAAGAAAAACCGUCGUGGAGAUGAAAUUGUCCACAAGAAGUACAUUUUGAUGACAGAAACAUUUGAGUUUGGACCACUGUUGGUUGGCAAAUCCAGGGAAAAGUAUCGGGAAGGAAAAUAUCCUGAAAACAUGGAGACAUUCACAGUGUUAAACACUUCGCCGUUGGAAGCUGACAUCAGCUUCUGCUUCCUGCAUGACAGCAAAGCUGAAACCUAUCUCCUGGAGCCUCCCACCAUGCUGCUGAAGCCAGGAGAAUCAGACAAACUCACUGUGUGGGCGUAUCCCAAAGGCCCUGGUCACUAUGAGGAUGCUGUGGUGUGCUGUGUUCGUGAGAACCCGGAGCCCAUUGUGUUCAAGCUGUGCUGUGAUGGCUUCAGACCAGAGCUGGAGGUGGACAAGAAACAACUGCACUUUGAUAGAGUGCUCUUGCACAGGAAAGACACAAAGACCAUUUACUUGCGUAACAGCACGCAGUUGCCUGUUGCCUGGAAGUUGAGUGGCCUUGAAAAUCUCGGAGAUGACUUCACUGUGGCUGCUGACAGUGGAAUCGUAGAGCCUCUGUCAGAGUAUCCCCUGCAAGCUUACUUCAGAGCCAUGAAAGCAGUGCAGACAACCAAGAAGAUGAUUCGCAUAGAGAUUGCAGAUGCUGACAACAUCAUGGGUGUAGUGCACACAGAGGCCAUCCAGGUGAUCGCAGAAGCUUAUGACGUUGCCCUGGACAUGAGCUUCCCCAAAGGCACAGACGGUGGACUCGACUUUGGAACUAUCAAGGUCAAUGAAGAGACCAAACAGACGUGCACACUGAAGAACAAGGGAAAAUAUGAGAUUUCUUUCAAUUUCCUGUUAGAGAAUGUCGAUCCAAAAAAUCCAGACGUCACUUCUCUGUUUGCUGUCGUGCCAAACAGUGGGAAGCUCAGUCCUUUGGAUAGACCCACACAGGUGCAAGUAAUCUUCAAAUCCUCCCGAGAAGUUGUUGUCAAGGAUGUACCUAUUCUAAAAUGUCAAGUUAUUGAGCCAAAUUUGGGAGAACAAGGAGAGAUGAUUGCAAGCAUCCCAGUGAAAGUCUCAGUGAAAGCAGUUUUCAGCAAGUUCAAUAUCAGUCCUACUAAUGACAUCAACUUUGGUUCACUGCUGGUGAACAGCAAGAAGACUCGCACUUUUAUGAUUGAGAACAAGGGCGAGUUUGACUUCAAGUACACCAUCUCGAAGAAAGAGAAGGAGUCCAAUGCUCAGCAGAACUUCCGACCAAACAGGCCAUCUGUAGUGGAAAAAAACGUUAAUGAAAACAAAAGAAAUGUGAAAACUGUCAAGGGAGACAAGAACAGCAAGUCAAGGGAUGACUCCAGCUCAGCCCCAUCCAUCAAGCCAAAGAAAGCAGAUUCUGUCAGCCAACACACUGACAUAAUGAAACCUACAGUUGCAAAUGAGAACAACAAUAUGGCUAGACCGCAAGAUGCUGGCAGCGGUCAGUCUAAGCUGACCCUUGGCAUGUUCACCAUCUUCCCUGCCUUUGGCAUGAUCCUUCCCAACGGCAACCAGGUCAUCACAGUCGACUGUGUGGGAGAGAACCAAGGCAAAGAAAUUCAGGAUAUCAGCAUCGAUAUCACCGAGAGAGAUCCCACCACUUUCAAAGGUGGCGUUCCAUACCGUCUCGUGGCAGAAGCAUGCAUCCCCACCAUCAAUGUGGAUGAUGUAGGAAGCAUCUUUGAGGAGCACCGUGUUUGCAAGAACCUGUCGGUGUGGCAGCACAUGAACUGUGGCAACUUGGAUGUUAACGGAGUUUUUGGAGAAGAGGAGAAGAAAUUUGUUUUCAACAAUGUCAUUGUCGGAAGGAAAGCAAAAGCUCGUUUCAAGAUCUCUAACACAAACAAGGUGCCCUGUGAUGUAGUGUUUACCCUCAAGCCUGUCCAGGUGAAAGGAGCUCCAAAGACCCAGGAUGUGUUUGACUUGGACCCCCCUCGCAUGCAAAUUGCCAAUCACAGCUUCAUGUAUGCCACAGUGACCUUCACACCACCUUCCAUGCAGACAUACAGUGCUGUGUUCGAGGCAGCGAUUGAAGGGGUCACGCCAAACCAGGCCCGAGGAAAGUCACUCGUGUUCGAGGUCUCUGGGGAGGGCAAUCUACCCCGCAUAACUAUCGCCAAGCCCACCGUAAGGAACAAGAGAGGGCAACCCUUACUUUUGUUCAAGAGGAUCCUUCUGGGCAGGACAGAAUCCCUUCCUUUUGUACUGCUCAAUGAAGGCACAUUGCCAAGCAAGGUGGACAUUGAUCUCCUUGACCCUGACAGUGCCUUUAUGCUGAAACCCACAAAGGCCACUAGAGAUGCCAUAGGAGAUAUCAAUUAUGAUGACAAAGAGACAAGACGCAAGCCACACACCGCUUCUGUGAUUGUCAACCCAACAGAGAGGGCCACCUUUGAGGUUGUCUACAAGCCGUGUGCUGCCCAAAGGUCACAAGCUAACCUGAAGGUCACCGUGACGGACAACCAGUAUGAGGACUCGGUUGUGCAGAUGGUCGGAGAGGGCUAUGAGGAUGACAUCACUCUCGACAACAUUGGCUCUGUCUUUGUUCCCAUCGAUCCAGAGAAGGAAAUUGGCAGUAUGGCUGAUGAUGAUGUGGAAGAUGGAGAGGAAGAAUUUCCUUCUGAAAUAGAUCUUAGAAAAGCUGCAGAAGAUGACAAUGAAAUGCCUGCUGCCAAGCCAAACCUCAUGCAGUUCGGAGAUUGCUACAUCAAUGAGACACGCACCUUGAAUCUCACAAUGACCAACCACUCCAAGACUGACUGUGUACGGUUCAAGUGGCCUGACCAUCCACAGCUUAAAUUUUCACCGCAGAUGGGCCACCUCCAUGGAAGCUGCACCAAAGAUGUUGCAGUGACGUUCAACUCAGACUCUCCCAAGACCUUUGCCGAGUGCCCCAUUCAGUGCAAGGUGUCAAAGAUCGUUUUUGACAAGCCCAUCGAUCAGAUCUGUGACUGGGAUGACAAGAUUCAGGUGGUGAAGUGGGUGGACAUUCCACCAUCCCCAGUCCAGACAGCUGACAGCCCAGCAUCGGGCAGUGAAGCAGAAGAACGCAAGUCGCACUCAGUAGAAGACAUGGUGGAAAUUUUGAACUCUGCAAGCAAGUCCAACAUCCCAACAACCCCACGCACUCACAGGCCAGCCAAGAAGAAGAUGAUUGAGACAGAGCCAGAGCCUCAGUACACAGAGGUGGCUGAGAGCACCCGGACCGUGGAGCUGCUCAUCUCCGCCAUCUCUGACUUCACCCAGUGCACCUGCAAGGUGGAGAGCGUCCACUUCAAGGACACACUCAUGUUCCAGACCAGAGUGUAUAGCGUCCUGCUCCAGAACGAGGGUCAGGUGGCGCUCGACUACAACUGGCAAGUGCUGAUGGACAGCUUCACUCCCAUGAUGCAACGCUCUGUCACCUUCAUGUCCGAGGGAGAGAGGCCCGAGUCACGAGUGGACGUGGUGGAAACGUCGUACAUCCCCUUCCUGGUGGAGCCCCAGUUUGGAACCAUUCCAGCCGGCAAGUCGGCCUCCUGUGUUGUCAAGUUUGCUCCACUUGAUUCCAACGACUAUGAGGGAAGACUCAUUUGCAGCAUUCCAUUCAUGAGCAAGGAGGAGCAAGGACCAGUGAUCGGCCUCAAAGGUCGCAGCCUCAUGCCCUAUUGCCACUUCGAGCUGGAAGACUCUGACUACCUGAGCAGUGCCCGCCGAAACCCAGAGCUGAGAGGCCCUGGUGGUGCUCCCCCUGGCUCGACCCUUGACCCCAACACAAGGGUCAUAGAGUUCAAUGUGUGUGGCACAGGAGUGAGGUGUUACAAAGAGUUUGGCAUUGUGAAUCCAACCAAUGAACCAUUUGUAUUUGAAUGGAUGUGUGAAGAUGAAAGUGAUCCAAAGAGACCAUCCUGCUUCCAGUGCAUUCAUCCAGAGGGCCAGGUGAAGAGUGGCCGGAAGUUUAAGUCAAUGUCCCUCUCAAUUUCAAAGCCCAAAGUAAUCCAGAAAACUCUUAAGCAAAAUAUUUUAGCCAAUAAAAAUCAAGAAACAUUCUAUACAUAUUAUUAUAUACAUAUUUACGUGUCUAUAAUACACGCAGGUCGAGAGGCUGUGGAGACAAUUUACAUCAACAGCAAUGAGGAGACUCCUUUCAACUUCUCCUUUGUGGAGGACUCUUGCCAUUCAGAAGGUUAUGCCUCACACAUCAGGGUACAGCCGAUGCAUGGCCAGAUUCCACCAAAGUCAAGUGUCCCAGUCGACCUGUUCUUCUCACCGACAUCUGAAAAAGAAGUCAACUUUAACCUGCGCUGCGUUAUACCUCGGAAAGUCGCUCCAAUAACACUGAAUGUGAAGGCAGAGGGGUAUGCCAUGAACAGCAUCCUGCAGUGCGAGGAUUCCACCGGCAACAGAGUGGAGCUCAGUGACAGAGGACUCAAUCAGAUCAACUUUGGAGAGGUUGAGGUCAAUGAGAAUGCCAUCAGACAUCUGUUCAUCCUGAACUCUGGCAAGUUCAAUUUUGACUACACUUGGGAGUUCAGCGACAACUCCAUCGGGAAAGAUGCCAUCACCGUCUCCCCUGAUAAAGGCGGAGUGAUGUGUGGGGAAACACAGCAGAUUUCUCUCAUGUUCUGUCCAAGCAAGAGAAUGUCAGUGCGAGGUUGUGAAGCAGCACUCAAGGUGGCCAAUGGGCCGACCUAUCACAUCAGUAUUCUUGGUCUGGGAGUCACCCCAGGCCUCCACUUCUCCUUCCAAACAUUCAACUUUGGCAACUGCUUCAUUCACAAGACGGGUCUGGACCUGCCCACUAAACAAGCUGUUCUCAGAAUGACCAACAAGGACAAGAAAGAGAUCAGUGUGGACUGCUUGUAUGAAGGGAGUAGCGUCCUCACCUACAAGUUUGAAGCCUGCGUGGUGGCGCCUAAUGACACAGUGGAAGUGCCUUUCACCUUCUGCCCCCGCCAACCCAUCAAGUACCAUGAGACGGUUGUCUUUGAGAUCAAUGGACUGUCCAAGCAAAAGGUGGAGUUCUAUGGCACUGGCAGUGAGAUGAAGAUUGAAGUGGCUGACCCGAAACAAAAGAGUGUCAAUUUGGGAGCCAGAGUUGUUGGGGACACAGUCAAGAAAUACAUCCCCAUUGUGAAUAACAGCCCUGCGCCCAUCACCUUCAAUCUGGCUCUGACACCGACGGAGCCAGCUCUGCAGCACAAGGAGGUUCUGGCCAUCAGCCCAAAGGAUCAGAUAACCCUCGAUGCUCGUGGGGGAACUACGAAAGUCGAGGUCUGGUUCAGACCCAAAGCCCGAAUCCCUCAGUUCACAGAAGAGGUUCUUUUGGAAUGUGCUGGAAUGUCCCAGCCUCUCUUUGUGGUCAAGGGAUCUUGUCUGGGCAUGGAGAUCUCUCUGGACUCCGACUCUCUGUCUUUUGGCACGGUCUACCAGCGGAGCAGCAGCAGUCGCAAGCUGGUCAUGUCCAACACUGGAGACAUGAACACCAAGUUCCGUUGGGACGUAAAGCGCUUCAAGCCAGACUUUUCCAUCAGCCCUGAAGAAGGCUACAUCACACCCGGCAUGGAUGUCACAUUUGACGUGGAGUUCCACCCACAGAACAUCAGUGGAGAUGUCAGAUAUGAUAAACUGAAAUGCCUCUUAGACGGGGGACCUCACAAGCCUGUGACACUGACGCUGACAGGCUCGUGCACAGGCAUUCCACCUGUCAAGGAAGUUCAGAAUUUCCAGGCCGUGGUGCGGCAGUCAGACACCAAACAGUUGAUGAUCCCCAACAAGAGCAACCAGCUGUGGAACCUCAAGCCCAUCAUCGAUGGAGAACACUGGACGGGCCCCAUCACCUUCAUGGUGGAGCCGCAGCAGACAAAGGGCUACGAGCUCACCUACAAGCCACUCACCAUGACCUCCGAGAACAAGAAGCACAUGGGCUCAAUUUUCUUCCCGCUCCCGGAUGGCUCAGGCCUGCUGUUCAACCUGACAGGCUCAUCGGACCCACCUAAAGCCACUUCCAAAAUCCAGCGGGAUGUGCCGUGCAAAACUGGCUACACUGAGUUGCUCACUGUGACCAACUGGCUCAAGAAGCCUCAAAGAUUCAGGGUGCGAACAGAGUCUCUUAGGCCGGACAAACUGGACCCAGGGACAUCAGUGAAAGGCCAUGAAUAUGUGGACGUCCCAGCCAGCAGCAAGAAGGACUACAAGCUGUCUUUCUACGCUUACAGAGAGGGGCAGACCAUGCUCAAGGUGACAUUUGUCAAUGAGCAAACUGGGGAGUACCAAUUUUACGAGGUGACCUUCCGCGCCACAAAGCCAGGGGUGAUCUCAGCCAUCCAGCUGUCGACGCCUGUGCGGCAGAGUGUGCCUCACACGGUGACGGUGGAGAACCCUCUGUCCUACCAAGUCAACUUCUCCAUCAGCUGCUCUGUGCCGGAGGUCCUCAUUCCCAACCAGCUGGCAGUGCCGGCUAACUCACAGGGUCACUUCAGCUUUGAGUACCAGCCUUUGAAGGUUGGAGAGGUGCAAGGACGCCUGGAGCUGAACUGCUCUGACCUGGGUCUGUACACCUACGACCUGACUUUGACAGCCACCCCUGGAGCUCCGGAGAAAGCCAUCUACUUCAGAACUGGCCUGGGCUCCAGUAACAUGCAACUGGCCAAAUUUCUCAACUUUGCCAAACAAAGGACUGACUAUGUCUGCAAGAUUGAUAACUCCGACUUCCAUGUAGACAAGUCAGUGGCCGCAGCGCCUGGCUCCACGGGAGGUACAGAGGUGGCCUUGGAGGUCGUGUUUGAACCAUCCAAACUUGGAGAGCAGAGGGCAAUGCUCUCCGUGACCUCACAGCUGGGUGGCGAGUACGUCUUCCCUUUGUUUGGAACCAGCACCGCUCCCAAGCCUCAGGGUCCUUUCAUAGUGAAGGCCGGUUCUACCACUCCCAUCAUGUUCAGGAAUGUGUUUAGCUCAACCACUCCCUUCACCUUCCAGGUGGACAAUCCACUGUUCCAUUUGACCAAACAAGGGGAGUCUAUCAGGGCACACAAGGACCACCGUAUCGUGGUUGGAUUUGAUGGCAAUGACAGCGGCUCAAAAGCAGCAGUGAUGGGCAAAUUGAUUGUGUCUUGUGCUCGCUCAGCUGGGGGCAAUUCGAAUGUCCAGUGGGUGUUUUAUCUGAAGGGAGUCACACCUUGAGCACUCAUUCAUGAGGAAUCUAUGCUUUUGCAUGCUACUGGAAAGAAAUCAGCUUUUUUUUUAGCUUUACUGAUAUUUGAUAAAUGCAUGUUGUAGACGGCCUUUUCAAAAGGGGCUAAGCAAAAGAAAGUUGAAUUAUUUUGUUUUCCUAUAAUUUGCACCUCUUUCUAUUUCAGGAAGGAUAUGAGAAGUUUUUGUGUUCGUCGUCAUAUUAUGUUCUGUAAAGGAAAGUUAAUCUUUUCUUAUUUCUCUGUGAUAUUGAAAUUACAAUACUUUGAAGUGAAAAUAAAAACUGACUUGUAAAUGUUACAUUUUUCUUCAUUUGACUCAGUGCUUAAGUGUGAAGAAAGCAGCUUUCCUGCUUUUUCAAAAGAAGCAUAUUUUUUAUGAGGUACUGUUAGUGAGGGGGUACUUUUUGCAGGUGGGGGGGG